AGAACGAGGGAGAGGGGGAGAGAAGUGGGGAGUGACGCUUCUCCGGGGCCGCGGGGCAUUGUGGGAGAAGGUUGUCUCCGAUUUCUCCUCCCUCCCCGCCCCCCCUCCACCCCUCGGGCUCGGCUCCUCUCCUCCCCUCCCCCUCCCAGCCAAGAUGUCUGACAUGGAGGAUGAUUUCAUGUGCGACGACGAGGAGGACUACGACCUGGAAUACUCUGAAGAUAGUAACUCGGAACCAAAUGUGGAUUUGGAAAAUCAGUACUACAAUUCCAAAGCAUUAAAAGAAGAUGACCCAAAAGCAGCAUUAAGCAGCUUCCAAAAGGUUUUGGAACUUGAAGGUGAAAAAGGAGAAUGGGGAUUUAAAGCACUGAAACAAAUGAUUAAGAUUAACUUCAAGUUGACAAACUUUCCAGAAAUGAUGAAUAGAUAUAAACAACUAUUGACCUAUAUUCGAAGUGCAGUCACAAGAAACUAUUCUGAAAAAUCCAUUAAUUCUAUUCUUGAUUAUAUCUCUACUUCUAAACAGAUGGAUUUACUGCAGGAAUUCUAUGAAACAACCCUGGAAGCUUUGAAAGAUGCUAAGAAUGAUAGACUGUGGUUUAAAACAAACACAAAGCUUGGCAAGUUAUAUUUAGAACGAGAAGAAUACGGAAAGCUUCAAAAAAUUUUACGACAGUUACAUCAGUCCUGCCAGACUGAUGAUGGAGAAGAUGACCUGAAAAAAGGUACACAGUUAUUAGAAAUAUAUGCUCUGGAAAUUCAGAUGUACACAGCACAGAAAAAUAACAAAAAACUGAAAGCACUCUAUGAACAAUCACUUCACAUCAAGUCUGCCAUCCCUCAUCCAUUGAUCAUGGGAGUCAUCAGAGCACUUGAAUCACCUGUCCCUAACACGAAGUUACAUUGCGACCCAACAGAUGGAAGCACAGCAGAGGCGUGCAGAAUGUUGAGGAUAUGUCUUACAUAUAAAGCAGACAGUGGUGCCAUAUCCAGAAGUGCCUAUCAGAAUAAUGACAUCACUGAAUUUGAAAAGAUUCUGAAAACAAAUCAUAGCAACAUCAUGGAUGACCCUUUCAUAAGAGAACACAUUGAAGAACUUUUGCGAAACAUCAGGACACAAGUGCUCAUAAAAUUAAUUAAGCCUUACACAAGAAUACAUAUUCCUUUUAUUUCUAAGGAGUUGAACAUAGAUGUAGCUGACGUGGAAAGCUUACUGGUGCAGUGCAUAUUGGAUAACACUAUUCAUGGCCGAAUUGACCAAGUCAAUCAACUCCUUGAACUGGAUCAUCAGAAGAGAGGUGGUGCACGGUAUACCGCACUAGAUAAAUGGACCAACCAACUAAAUUCCCUCAACCAGGCUGUAGUCAGUAAACUGGCUUAACAGAGAACAAGCUUUUAUAGACGUGCUUAAGACAACAGUGCAGAGAUGUAAUCCUUAAAAGAACUGGGAAAGGCAAAACUACUGUCAGUUGAUGUGUCCUGAAAAUUGUUGGAGUUAUGGCAGAAGUGCUUUUUUGAUCAGCUGGUUUGUGUUUUGCUGCUGCAUUUAUCCCAAGAAAAACAGCUUUAAUCUCCAGAAGAAAACCAAAAUACCAUGGGAUUUAUGCUGUACUGACAUCUUGUCCUAAACACACAACAUCAUAGUAAUUUGUCAUGGGCAACAUGACCAGAGAGAAGAUGUUUGUCAUGAUUUUAAAUACACUGACAUGCUACUGUUGGUUAAAUUUAAACAUGUUUUACCUGCAGAAAUUCUCUCACAAAUAACCUGCAAUAACUUGAAAUGCAUACCCUUUUGAACACUUCCUUUUCUCAUGUAUAAAUGAAAAUGUUUGCUGCAUUUUGCAAAAUGUCAAUUCUCCAGAAAAUGUGUCCGUAUAUUUCUGUACCUGCAGUGUAGUAAAGGUUUAGAUGAAACCCCAUAAUUACAGUGGCAUACUGUCACUUAGGUUUCAAGCAGCAAAAUAAACAGUGCAGCUCAGAAAUUGUAGUUUGGUUCUUGAUGUGUUUUUAUUACUUUUGGGGUUGUUUGUUUUGUGUUUUUAGAACCUUAGAAAUUUGAAAUUACUUUUAUCUUUGGUUAAUAAUAAAAAGCCUGGAAGCACAUACUCUGGUUAUUUGCUUUCAGGUUUUUUGGUUUUGUUUUGUUUUUUUAAGUAGUCUUUAUUGGUAAACUAAGAAGAACUACUUGCUAACAAAAUGCUUGCAUAGUACUAUUUUGACAGUAAUGCUUUAAAGGAAUAAAUUUUUUUUAAAGAAUGAUAUUCCUUUUAGAAAGAAUAGAUUUUUAACUCUCAGAUGUCACUUUAAGCAAAUAUGCCAGAACAUAGACAGCUAAUGAAUGUUACCCUGUGUAGCAACUGUGCUGGAAGGUUGUUUUCCAAUGCCAGCAACCUAUCGUUGCUCAGAGCCUGUUGGGUUUGCAUUCAAAGUUAAUUAAAUCACAGGCUAUUAGUUUCAUGAUUAAACAUUGUUUAAAAACAACAACAACAACUGUUGCCCAGCUUAAUGGUUAGCAUUAUUUGGCACACCAAAUGGUAGUUUUCAGAAAUCAAGCCUAACUGUCAGAUAAUGUAGAAAGUAUGCACCUGGCUUUGAAAGCAAUCCCAAAAGAGUUUCGAAGGAUUUGGUUACUAAUAUUGCAGUGGCCUUCCGAGGUGACUACCUUUAAAGGAGGAACUCAGCUCCUUUGAAUGUAUUGAGUUUGAGAUGUAUUUUUUUUUUAACGUUCACAUUAUUUUAUAGUGUCAAAAGGAAGAACUGAGAUGAACAUAAUUCUUUGGUUUUCCUAUUGCUUGUUAUGUCAGAAAUUGAGUGGCAGUUCAAAAGGAAGACUGUUGUAACAGAAGAGUGACUACCAAGAGCUUUGAGCACUAAAUCAGAUUUUAUAAACAUUGGAAGGAGCAUGGACUUCAUUCAGACAAGGCAUGCCUAUUCAGUUUUGUCAAAUUUUACGAAAAUAUGUGAUAUAUAUUUAUACUAAAACUAUAUAAUCCUUAGACUUAGAGAACAGUUAAUGUCUUUAGCAGAUUAAAAACAGUAUUAAAUUCAGGUAUCAGUUGGAAAUUGUAGAAAACGGAAAGAAAACGCAAGACAAAAUGUCAAUGGUAGGGAAUAAAAAGUUUAAGCUAUUAUAAAAUUAUGUGUAUUUUCUUCUCUUUUGCAUAAAUCAUGUGUGAAAAGUGUGCGGAAAAAAAAUUUUUUUACAGGAGUGAUACUAGGAUUUAUUUUUCAAUAUAAUUUGGACACCCUUUGUUACCCAAAUAAAAGUGCCAAGUUUCUAUGCCUGUA